CAAGGAUCUCCAGCCAAUCAAAUUAGCAUAUAGCAUCUUUUACUACCCACCCCACUUGCAUUACAUUUCUUCAGUGAACACCUUUUGUUUUUGUGUUGUUCUUUCCAUGAGACAAAGGGCGGAAACACUAACUAACAACCCAAAUACAAAAUCCUAGUUCAUUAAAUUAACCCUUAAUUUCUUUCAUUCAUUCCUUCAUUCACAUUUUGAAACCUUUUUGUCUGUAAAACUAUAAACCCAAAAGAGUGGCCAGCACCUCCAACCCAUUCCUCCAAGAAACAUUAAGAUUCCCAUAUAUAAAGAAUAUUUUAAAAAAGAAAAGAAAAGAAAAGAAAAGGGAAAAAAAAAAAAAACUCACCAAAACCAAAGCCCCCCCCCUUUUUUGUUCUCUCCAAUCUCUUAACACUUUCCUCAUCUCAGAAACAAACAGAACCAAACCACCACCAUUCUUAUAAUACUCACAGCAACCCCAACCCAAACCCGAACCCAAUUUCCCAGAGGAGAAACAAUCUAACAAACCCUAGAAAUCCAAGAAUUUGGGGGAACACCAAACAAAAAUCCCGGAAGCCAAAAUCGGGCUCAAACUUCGACGAAACCGAGGGAAAGAAAUCUUGGGCACUCUUCAAAAUCCUACAUUUCCCCGAGAAAAUGUCCCAGCUGAAGCAAAUGUCGCAUAUUGACAGUGCCCCUUCUACCCCAGGCAAGUUCAAGAUGGAGAAAGCUUCAUACUUCAACCGCGUGCGGUGGCACACCUCGCUCGCCAAGCUCGCCGUGUGGUCCUUCGUCUUCUUGGCCGCGAUCUUGAUCUUCUUUUUCCGGUCUCCGGCGUCGUCGCCGAUUCCGGUGGAUCCUUCCCGGCGCUCCCUGAGGACCUACAAUUGGGGCGGACCCGUUUGGGAAAAACGGGUUCGGUCAUCGGCCCGUGUCCGGUCCCGGAAUGGCUUCGCCGUUCUGGUCACCGGAGCCGCCGGUUUUGUUGGCACCCACGUCUCUGCGGCACUUAAGCGCCGCGGCGAUGGGGUACUGGGAAUUGACAAUUUCAAUGACUAUUAUGAUCCUUCAUUGAAGCGUGCACGGCAAGCUCUUUUGGAGCGCACUGGGGUGUACAUUGUGGAAGGGGAUAUCAAUGAUGAAGCACUUUUGAGGAAGCUAUUUGAGGUUGUGCCUUUUACUCAUGUGAUGCAUUUGGCUGCUCAAGCUGGUGUGAGGUAUGCUAUGGAGAAUCCUGGCUCUUAUGUUCAUAGUAACAUUGCUGGCUUUGUUAAUUUGCUUGAGGUUUGUAAGAGUGUGAAUCCUCAACCGGCUAUUGUGUGGGCUUCUAGUAGCUCAGUUUAUGGACUUAACACUAAGGUUCCCUUUUCUGAGAGGGAUAGGACUGAUCAACCUGCUAGUUUGUAUGCUGCUACUAAGAAAGCUGGUGAAGAGAUUGCUCACUCUUAUAACCAUAUAUAUGGUCUUUCAUUGACUGGAUUGAGGUUCUUCACUGUUUAUGGCCCUUGGGGUAGGCCUGAUAUGGCUUACUUCUUUUUCACUAGGGAUAUUUUGAAAGGGAAGGCAAUCUCAAUAUUUGAGGCUGCGAAUCAUGGCACAGUUGCCAGAGAUUUUACUUACAUUGAUGAUAUUGUGAGGGGUUGUUUGGGUGCUUUGGAUACUGCUGAGAAGAGCACCGGGAGUGGUGGGAAGAAGACCGGGCCGGCGCAGUUAAGGGUGUUCAAUUUGGGGAAUACUUCACCGGUGCCGGUUAGUGAGCUUGUGAGCAUUUUGGAGAGGCUCUUGAAGGUUAAGGCAAUGAGGAACAUAAUGAAGUUGCCGCGGAAUGGGGAUGUGCAGUUUACUCAUGCGAACAUUAGCUAUGCGCAGAGGGAGCUUGGGUAUAAGCCUACCACAGAUCUGCAGAGUGGUUUGAAGAAAUUUGUGCGGUGGUACAUGAAUUACUACUCUGGUGGGAAGAAGGCUGUUGAGUGAUGGAUUCUUUUAACCGCAUGAUAAGGUCUUUGAAUUCUUGUUCAUUAUGAUUCUCGUGAUUGUUCCUUAGCAUUUCUCUGUUCGUUGCACGAUCACCUUGUUUCAUGUGUCAAGGAUGCCGUAAUAGGAGGAACCUUGUUUCCUGCACCGAGGAAGUUUUGUUGUUGGUGGAGAUUAAUGCCUGGACACCAAUUUUCUGUGUCAAAGAAAACAAGAUACAUCGUAUUCUCUUUUAUUCUUUUUUCCUGAAUGUAAUUGUUGUAGUUUUAGAAAUGUAGCAUUUAUGACUGAUAGAGCAUAUGCUGAUUGGUGGCAGUGUAUAAUAAUUGUUAAGAAAAUUUAGUAAAAGCACACGAUAGUUUGAUUUCCGAUUUUCGGACUGAAUGAAUCAAUAAGACAUGUAUUUUAUUUGCAUAUGUAAUUUUUCAGCUAUAAAUGGACUCAUGUAUUAAUAAUUCUUG